CCACAAACAGACGUGUGGAAUAUCAACUACCGCUUAAGUGGCACACACUUCGAUUUUGUUUGUCUUAAAUUUCUGGAAACCUCGUCGACAUCGAACGAAAGAUCUACCCCCUCACCCUCAAUUCCUGUCUUCGCUCUCGCACCUACUCACAAAAAGCUUAGGGUUUUUUGGGAGCAAAACAAAAGUAAAAGAAAGAUGCAGCAGCCUCCGCAGAUGAUCCCGGUGGUGCCUUCAUUUCCUCCUUCAAACAUCACUACCGAGCAGAUUCAGAAGUAUCUGGAUGAGAAUAAGAAGUUGAUUCUGGCAAUAUUGGACAAUCAAAACCUUGGAAAACUUGCUGAGUGUGCCCAGUAUCAAGCUCAACUUCAGAAAAACUUGAUGUAUCUAGCCGCGAUUGCUGAUGCUCAACCACCAGCCCAAACAUUGCCCGCUCAGAUGUCACCACAUCCGGCAAUGCAACAGGGAGGAUUUUACAUGCAACAUCCUCAGGCAUUGGCAAUGGCUCAGCAGCAAGGUGUCUUUCCCCAAAAGAUGCCAUUACAAUUCAAUAAUCCACAUCAAAUACAGGAUCCGCAACAGCUACAUCAGCAGCAGCAGCAAGCCUUCCAGAUGCAAAUGGGGAUGAGACCUGUAGGGCCCAACAAUGGCAUGCAUCCCAUGCAUUCUGAGGCCACACUUGGAGGUGGUAGCGGCGCUGGCCCCACUUCAACUUCAGGACCGAAUGAUGUGCGUGGUGGAAGCACCAACACCGGGACAACUGGCACCGAUGGUCAUGGGAACUCCGCUGCUGGGCAUGGUGGUGAUGGGGAAUCCUCCCACUUGAAGGGGUCCGAGUAAGGAAAAUGAUGCGGCCACGUGAAAUCCACCUGAAUUUUGUGGCUGUUUAUAAACAGGCCUCUUACCACCAAAGGAUUAGUGUUGCUACUAUCUUGUGAUACUUUUGAGUCAAGGAUUGGUAGGUCUGCCGUGUCCUUUUAGCUUUCCACAGAUUAGUUAGGUUUCAUAGCUCUUGGCCAGCCAAUGCACGGAACUGAUGGGAAAAGGUUUAGUUGUAGUAUUAUAGAAUGGGACAAGAGUUAGCUAUUGGUCUUGUAAAACUUGCAAAUGCAUGCAGAGUCUGUCUGAAUUUUGUCUUGUCAGAUCUUUUAGAUAAUCUCUAGUUUUUAUUUAGUUAUCGAUCAGUGGGUUCCAA